CAUUAAAACUUUAGUACAACCAUCCAUAACAAAGGCCAAGAACAAAACUGAUGAAAUACGCUAACAAUAAUACAUAUGAUGCUUUUAAAUGACUAUACACCACAAAAAUAUGAAAGCUUGAAAGAAUUAAAUUUUAAACCUUCAGACUUUGUUUCCAAUGACGUAUUUAGUGCUCAACCAUUUUCUUUACUAAGGACAAAAUUUAAUUAUCAAUCGACCAUAGAAAAUGAUAAUUAUACAAAUACGAUUACUGUAAUUAAUAAUGACAGUCAUGCAAAAUCUUUAUGUAAAAGGCCACAAUUUCCAAAUAUUCCACAAAGUAUAUUGGAUAACCUAAGUGCACGUUUUUUAAUCAAUAUUCCUCAAAAUCAACGUUCAAAUUCUAUUCAUGUUUUAUUUAUGUGCCAAGAAGCAUAUUGGUUUUAUUUGGACUAUUGUCUACGAGAUUAUGAUAAUAAAAUGCUUCUGUUGGACAACUCUCAUAAUUCAGAUAAUAUUAACUCCAAUAAUUUAAUAACAUACAAAGAUGAUAUAGAAGAUCUUUAUAGCUCAUUACCAAGAUGUGGGUUUAGUCACUUCGCAUAUUUAAUAUUAAGAGCUAGUGGAGUUUUAUCCUUUAUUAUUCCAGAAAUUUUAAAUGAUGAAUUUUUAAGCUCAAAUGAUGAAUAUGCAUUUGGAUUACUGUUAACACUUAUUGAGGAAUGGAAAAGAUAUAGAAGCCUGAUACCUGUAUGUGGUGCUCUUAUAUUGGACGAAUCACUAAGUCAUGUGUUAUUAGUACGAGGUUAUGGCGCUAAAAAUAAUAAAGGUUUUUGGAGUUUUCCAAGAGGAAAGAUAAAUGAAGCUGAAAAUGAAUGUGAAUGUGCCAUUAGGGAAGUUUUAGAAGAAACCGGAUUAGAUAUAACUCAAUUUAUAAAUAACAAAUCAUAUAUUACUUUACAACAAUUUAAUCAAGAUACCAGCAAUGCUGAUCUCACCAGUAAUCUUAAAAAGAUUGUCAAAUUGUUUAUAAUAUCUGGUGUUUCAAAGCAAGUUCUACUUAAACCUCAAGCUCGAUAUGAAAUACAAGAAAUAAAAUGGUUUCCACUCAAGGAAUUAUAUUCAUUGAUCAAGGAAAAAGAUUCUCUGAUUAACUCCGAAAAUUAUUUUAGUCAUAGUUAUUUAAAUUUUAAUAAAUAUGAUAUAGUUAUUAAAGAUCCAGAGGAUCAAAAAUUCUAUCUAGUCGAUUAUUUUUUAAAACAGCUAGCUAAAAUUAUGAUCAAACAUUGCAAAAUGAAUAAUAAAUAUAAGAAGCAAUACAAGGCUACUAAAAUGGUCAGCGAUAAUAUCCUCUCGAAAAUAUUCAUUGAUAAAAAUAUCAUGCAAUCUGCUUUUGUACCCCAGGGGUUUGAUAUCCACCAAAACUAUGCAGAAAGUUCUUCAUUAAAGAGAAUCAAACCAGACGCUUUGUUCCAGUCAUCUAAGGUUAGCCAUGAUUUGUCUUCCAAAAAUGAUAUGAUUAACAAUUUUGAUGAGAUUUUUAAUAAUCUGAAACGCAAGAACCCACAAGAUGAAUUGUUCAAUAAAAUGACAAAACUAAACUUCAGUGAUUUCCAUUGCACCCAAAUGAAAUAUGGUCAAGCUUAUCUCGAGGGCAAUCAAUUACUCAAUGCUCCUAUUAAAGAUGAUGCAAAAAAGUAUCAGCCAUCACACCUUGAAUUAUUGACAAACAGAAAGGAUGUCAUCAUAAUUCCAAAUGUUAAAAAUGCUCGAGCUCUUGUUUCUGAACCCUCGAAUGUUUUACAUAAUCACACCCCUGCUACUGUCACCAAUAAAUGCAAGUGGUUCAAUCUUCAUUUAGAUCGCAGUACGAUCUUGAAAAUAUUGCAAUAAUUAAUUUGAGCUAAGUACAUGAUUUUUUUUUCUUAUUAUUAAAUAAUGCAAAUUUACAAACUUUUAUUUAUUUUAAAAAUAAGGACAUUCAUUUCCUCCACCUAUCCCUAAGAUUAUUUUUUAUUUAUUUAUGUGAUAUGAUAUAUUAUGUUUAAUAUAUAUAUAAUUUUUAAAGUAAUUUUAAUAUGCAUUAUGUACGAAUUCCUUUCAUUUUUAUACCCAAUAUUUUUUUAUAUACAAAUUUUGUUAAAAGAAGCGUAUAAAAAUUAGAAAU